GAGAGGGCGACCGGACAGAGUCCACUGCAUCUGAUCCAGGACCACCGGGACCCCCAGCGGGCCGAGGACCUUCAGGACCCCUAGAACUUUCAGGACCUCCAGAACCUCAGCUUCUCCAGGACCUCCAGGACCCAGGGGGAUCUGCUCGGAGAGCGUCGGACGCCGCCGGGCCGGACGGGAUCCUGCGUCUGGACCUGAGAUGAAGCCGCAGACGGCAGGAGGACGGAGGAGCAGAGGACGAGUGUGCCCUCUGGUCUCCGUCCUCGUCUGUCUCAUCGCUCUAACCCCUCUGAGACCGGCGGACUCUGGGGACGCUCCGGACGCCAAACCCUGGAGCCAGCCGGAGGCCAGGCUGACGAUCUCACACGCAGAUCUGAGGGCUGGCCUGGGGGUCUUCUGGGAGCCCGGGGUCGGCGGGGUCACCGGGGUCGACGGGGGUCACCAGGCCCUGCUGCUGGACGAGGACCGGGGCUGGAUCCUGGUGGGGGGGCGGGACCACGUCCACCUGCUGAGGACGGACCCGGACGGAACCCGCCUGACGGCCCAGACGGUGUCCUGGCCGGCCAGCAGGGACAACGUGGAGCGCUGCCUGAUGGCGGGGAAGAGUCCCGAGACAGACUGCUCCAACUUCGUCCGGCUGCUGCAGCCCAUCAACCGGACCUCCGUCUACGCCUGUGGAACCGGAGCCUUCCAGCCAACCUGCACCUUCCUGAACCUGAACCCCGAGUCUGAGGAGCCGUCUUUGUCUUUGUCCCACAUCUACGAGUCUGGCCAAGGAAAAUGUCCCUUCAGUGCCAGAGAGCCGUUCACUGCUCUUCUGACUGAUGGAGACCUGUACUCUGGCACCUCGGUGGACUUCAUGGGGGUCAACGCGGGACUCUUCCGGACGGCGGUCCAGGGUCCGGGUCGGCAGUCGCUCCGCUCGGAGGCGUACGACAACAACUGGCUCAACGAGCCGGACUUCGUGGACUCCUUCUCCGUCCCGGACACCCACAGUCCGGACGACGACAAGGUCUACGUGUUCUUCAGGGAGCGGGCGGCCGAAGCAGGCCCGUGGGACCAGAGGGUCUACAGCCGGGUGGCCCGGGUCUGCAAGAACGACGUCGGAGGGAAGAGGAGCCUGAUCAACCGCUGGACCACCUUCCUGAAGGCCCGGCUGGUCUGCUCGGUCCCGGGACCGUCUGGAGUGGACACUCACUUCGACCAGCUGGAGGACAUCUUUGUUCUGGAGACUAAAGACCCUCAGAACCCGGUGGUCUACGGCGUCUUCAGCACGUCCAGCUCCGUCUUCCGGGGCUCGGCGGUGUGUGUCUUCUCCAUGGCGUCCAUCCGAGCCGUCUUCAACGGGCCAUUCGCCCACAGAGACGGACCCGAGUCCCGCUGGGUGGAGUACCGGGGCCGGAUCCCGUACCCGAGACCCGGAACCUGUCCCAGCGAGACGUACGACGCUCGGUACCGGUCCACGCGGGACCUCCCGGACGAGGCGGUGAGCUUCAGCCGGCAGCACCAGCUGAUGUGGGACCCGGUCCUGCCGCUGGGCGCCCGGCCCGUCUUCACCCGGGUCCACUGGACGGACCGGAUCCGCAGGCUGGUGGUGGACAGGGUGGAGGCCGAGGACGGAGUGUACGACGUGCUGCACCUGGGGACGGAUCAGGGGAAGGUUCUGAAGGUGGUGUCGGUUCUGAACGGCGGUCUGGAGCCGGAGGAGGUGGUUCUGGAGGAGCUGAACGUCUUCCAGACUCCCAUCCUGAACAUGAAGCUGUCCACCAAGAGGCAGCAGCUGUGGGUGUCCAGCGCGGGGGGCGUGGCCCAGCUGGGGGUCCAGCGCUGCGGCCGCUACGGCGCCGGCUGUGAAGACUGCUGCCUGUCCAGAGACCCGUACUGCAGCUGGGACGGACAGGCCUGCUCCCGCGUCUUCCCCAGCAGCAGGAGGCGUGCACGGAGACAGGACAUCAGGUAUGGAGACCCCUGGAGUCAGUGUCCCGCCACAGAGGACGAAGUGGAGGUGAGGCCGGUCUUCGCGGUGGAGGGGAACUCCUCCUUCCUGGAGUGUUCUCCUCGCUCUCCUCAGGCCGAGCUCAGGUGGAAGAUGCAGCUUCCUGACAGCGAGCAGCAGCAGAGUGUGAGCGACCCGGAGGAGAGCAGAGAGGUGCCGUUGAGCUCCUCCUCUCGGUUCCUCCAGAUGAGUGGCGGGUUGCUGGUUCGAUUCCUGGCGCUGUCUGACUCUGGGCUCUACACCUGCUCCAGCCAGGAGCGCUCGUACAGGCGGGUCGUGGCCCGGUACCAGCUCCACGUGGUCCCGAGCGCGGGCCUGGGCGCCACCCGUCACCCGCAGCCCCGCCCCCACCCGUGGCUGCCUCCGCAGGCCACGCCCUACAGAGACCCGCGCCUGGCGGGGGGCAACAGCCUGAGCGCCGAGCGGCACUGCGAGCAGCUGUGGUUCCGCGAGAAGCGGCGGCAGCAGAAGCUGCGAGCGCUGAAGCUGAAGGAGGGCCGCAAGGCCCGGGUGAGGAGGAACAACCCCGCCCUGCCCCCCCCAUAGAGCCCCGCCUGGCCCGGGUGAGGAGGAACAACCCCGCCCUGCCCCCCCCAUAGAGCCCCGCCUGGCCCGGGUGAGGAGGAACAACCCCGCCCUGCCCCCCACAUAGAGCCCCGCCUGGCCCGGGUGAGGAGGAACAACCCCGCCUGGCCCGGCCGCCCCCCUCCGCUGUGGUCCUCCAGAUGUUAGACAGCUGUUUGAAGCGUCUGAAUAUUUUCCUCCUCCUUCACCUUGAGCUCGUCUCCUUCUUCUUCUCUCGUUAUCGACGGAGCGAACAGGAAACACGUUUGCUGAACUCGCCUCUAACAUAUUCCGUGUAUUUAUGUGGUAUUUGUAUUUUCCCGAUGGAUUUGAAGGCCUCGGUGGAAACGCACACCUUACAAGCCGACUUUUGUAUAUUAAAGAAGUCUAUUUUUGAUAGUGUUCUGCUUGGUUCCGGUCAGCUGCCAUCGGUUCUGCUUCUGUAAACCCUGGCAGGAUUUCUCGGCUCGGAUCCACAUCGUGAACCCAGUCCUGAAGUUUUAAUAUUAUGUAUGUGAAUAAACCACAACUGACUGACAUUUUAAAUAAAGUCAAACAUUA